ACUUAAAUGUUAAUGUCAUUUUUCCAAAUGUCUUUGGAAAAAUACAUUUUUGUGUCUUUUUUCCAAAGCAGCACAAAGUUGGUGGUUCUGAUCCGGAACAAUCGUGACCUGGAGGGCCGACCUCAGGUCCGGUGAUCUGUCCUGUUCUGACGCGGCGCUGGUCCUCCAGACGGAACCGGGUCAUCUGAUUUCAGGACCUAACCUGGAGUAUAACCCGAUGGAGUCUCUGCAGUUCACUGGGACCAGACUCAACCUGCUGGUUUGGACUGGGAGGAAGCCGGAGUCCCCAGCGAGAGUCCAGCCACCCACAGGGAGAGCGUUCUGACAGGGAUGGCCUUGACCUUUGAACCCAGAAGCUUGUUGCUGCUCCACAUCGUCGCCCUGAAUAAAGAUCGUCAGUAACUUCAGGAUUGUCCUUCUGGUGUUCAUCAACCAGCCGAAGCUUCCCGGUCCUGAUCUCCAUCCGACCCCUGCUGCCGUUCCAGCUCCUCUUUCCAUCCCAGCGGACCGCUGGAGAAACUUUCUGCCCUUCAGUUUAUUAUUUCCACUGACAAAUUACAUUUUGAGGGAAAUCUAAUGCAAAUGUGGCCGUACCCUCUGUCCACAGAAACCAUAUCCGUGUCUCCGCUGGGCUUGUUUGAGCGCAGCAGAUGUAAACUUAGACUCCGCUGCUCGCCAUGCAAAUCCACAGGUGGGUCCAGUUUAAAAGGAGCGUGUGGUGAGAUGUUCGAGAAACGAAAAGCCCAAAUUACAAACAGGAGAGCCUCUUAAUGCAAAACCCCCAGAGGAUAGAUGGUGUUUAGAUGCAGCGACGCAGUGGGUGAGACGGAGGUGCGUAAAACCAAAAACACCGUUUAUUUUUCAGUAAAUUUUAAAGCUGAUGUCUGUUUACAGCGUCUCCGAACACUUACCACAUCAUUAAUCCUCCUGUUUGUUGAUCAAAACCCUGAACUUUAACGUGCUUUGAAACGUUCCUCAGUGACGCAUCGUUUUACCAAACUCAGAACGGAUGUAAACUGAAGGUUAGACACCGGACAGAGCUUUAAUUUGGGCGUGAGAAAGAAUCAUCUCGGACUGUUGGAACCGAACGGGUUACGCAAGAUGUGAUGUGCUAAAGUCAGUCAGCAGCUGUAAUAACAGGGACGAUUUCUGGUUUAAUUCCUGCAGAAUUUGUAAAAACAUCCAGAAUUGGUGGAAAUGAGUUCUGUUGGGUCCAACUCCACGUUGGGAUUGGAUUCCAGUUUCUUCCUGAACGGCAUCACGGCUCUGCUGGCCUCCAACGUGCUGCUGGGCCUGCCGGCCAACGGCUACGUGGCCUGGAUGAUAGCGAGCGAGUCCAGCGGCCCCGCCGCCUCGGAGCUCUUCGCCCUCAACCUGGCCGUGGCGGAGAUCCUCUUCGCCUGCUCCUCUUUCUACGUGAUGCUCCACUUCCUGCUCAGGAUGUCCGAGGCGGUCGGGGUUCUGGUUCUGAAGCUGUUCCUGCAGCUCAUGCUGAUUUCUCGGCCACUCUUUCAGACCUGCAUCUGUCUGGAGCGCUACAUGGCCGUGGUCCAUCCCACCAUCUUCAUCAGGCUGAAACCUCUGCGGUACCGUUUGGCCGUCUGUCUGUUUGACUGGCUGCUGAUCCUGCUGGACUUCAUGUUUCCCUUCCUCGGCCCGUCCAUCACCGUCUCUGCUUGCUACUUCAUAGUCAAGUCCCUGCUCUUCCUGUCCGUCUUGUCUUACUGCAGCGUCCGCGUCCUGCUGGUCCUGAAGCAGCCGGGUCCGGGCGACGGCUCCCGCAGCGCCAUGAAGAGGAAGGCCUUCAAGGUGAUCAUCAUCACCCUGGGGUUCAACAGCGCCACCCAGCUGCUGCAGAUCCUCGUGCUGGGCCCAACCGUCCUCACCGCGUCGCUGCUUCUCAUUCUGCAGCUCACGUUGUUCGGCCUCUCCAUCAGCAUCAUCAGCAGCUUCAUCACUCCUCUGCUGUUCCUGCACAGAGCCGGAAAGCUGCCCUGCAUCACCUUCUAGCUGCUGCAGAGACCCAGUUAAGGUUCCUGCCGCAGCCCGAGCCGUGGAAAAACAACCUGUUCACAAACAAAACAAUAAAUUCCCCCAGAAACCUGAUUCAUCCUUCCCAAUGAUCCGUGACUGUUUAUUUGGGAAUGCUAAUCAUUCCCAUAUUCUCUGUUUUCAGGCCUUGUGAUGAGUGACUACAGACUAAGCUUAGCUUUUAUUGAGCCUCGAGGGCUCCUGUAGAUUCCUCCCUAGACUCCUGGUUCCUGUUGAAAUGAGAAAAUUCCCUUUGAAAGCCUUUAACCCUUUAACUGCCACCCAGAAGCUCCAGCAGAGGACGUUAAAGGGUUAACUAACCCAGGCUCUACAUCACUUCCUGUUAUGAUGGCUGUGAUUCAGACCGAUAAACGCAUCACUUCCUGAUGAUGUUGGGUUCUGGACGGAGACGGAGAUUCAUGGCGGAAGCAUUCCAAACAGAUGAACUUUAACCCCCGACCCAGUCCACCCCGGUCCCACUGGUCCCGGUACUCCCAGUGUGAGAUGGAGCGAAGGAUCUGGUGGAACCGGGUCCAGUUCCUCUGGUUGAGUCUCUCAGACUCGGCAUGUUGAAAGUCGUCUGCGUUCUCCAGAGAGAUGCUUGUCUAAGGGCAAGAGCAGCGCCCCCAUCAGGCGUGUGUAGUCACUGCAGGCCACCGUGGCGCCCGGAGCCUCCAUCUUGAGGUUCUGUUGUUCUCAGAGCCGGACCGGGUCGGACCAGAACCUUCUGGACAUUUGGACGUUGGCUCCAGGAGCAUUCAGAGCUAACCUGACUAGAGGAAACAUUUC